CCGUGGAUCGCAUACCUUCCCCAAAGGAAGCGGGCAGUGGCCGUCCAGGCUGGCCUGGACACUCCAGGCUUCAGCUCCACUCCAGGCUGAGCAAGCCAUCUGGCCCCAGGUACCUGCCGAGAUUUUGGCGUCUCCAGCACCAAAAAGGAAAGUGCCUGGGGGAGAGGCCAAUGGGGUACAGAGUCGCCCAUCUGCUUCCACCUGGGUCCAACCACACACAUACAUUCCGGAAGCUGCCCAAAUUCAGUCUCCACAGUCAGGCAGGGGCUCGGGGCUCCUGGAACCCUCCCUGCAGACACCCUGGAGGUGGAGCCGGGGGCACCUGCAGACUUAUCUUGAUGCACGAGUGUCCUCUUCAGACUCAGAGGCUUGUGCUCCGGGGAAGUCACAGGGACCCAUCACCCUGCACUCUGCACAGCCCCAAACAGGGGCUAGCGAGACCACUGGUGUCUUGAGCCCGACUGCACAGCCCCCAUUCGGCGCGGCCCCUUUAAAUGCCACCCCACUGACCGCCACUGGGGGCAGCACUGAGCGACUAGGGCAGGAUCAGUGCUGCUGCCUGGAAGCUUCUACCGGUGCUGGGGACAUAGCAGUGCCAGGGACAAACCGGAGCUGACUUGGGGUUGUGAGGCCCACCCUGGACCAGCUGGUGGAGUAACAUCCAGGUACUUCUGACAUAGUCAUGGCGCCAACUCCAGAAGCUUUGGCCGAGGCGGGCAGCCAUGGCUGCUCCACCCCCUAUGCCCCAGGUAAGCCGGACCAGCGCGAGGGGUGGGAUGGGGGUAAAGGGCUUGGGAUGCAGAGGGGGCUGCCCUGACCCGCAUCUCCUCCCAGGGCAAAGGCCCCAAAAGGUAGAGUGACUGGAGCCGCCAGCCUGGGGACGUCUUUUAAGAUGACCCGCACGGACCCACCGGACUUGCUGGUGUCGACCGUGUACCAGGACAUCAAGGUGGCGGCCCCGGGGCCUGCGUCCAGACGCCAGCCAUGUGAGCGAUCCAUGGCCCGGCCUGCUGCGCCCGCACCUUUCAACAAGCGCCACUGCCGUAGUUUCGACUUCUUAGAGGCACUGGACGGGCCGGCCAUGGAGACUCGCCCAGAGCCGCCACCUGCGGAGCCCGCACCACCCCGUGCACGACCCCGAGACGGCGAGACACGGCGCCGCGCCCGUUCCAAGAGCGCGCCGCGUGCGCCCCAGGGCCUGGCGCCGGUGCCAUCCUCACCGCCGGUGCUGCCGCGUCGAAGUCGGGAGACCCAGCGUGUGGCCCGGGCCGAGGGGUCGCCGCGCCGCGAGCCCUCGUACCCAGCGUUGCGCGCGCUCGCCAACGAGCUGCAUCCCAUCAAGCUGCAGCCACAGCGGGGCGGCCCCGGCCGCAUCGCGCCUCUGUGCGCCGCCCCAGGCCGCUGUGCACCUCCGGAUCCACUUUCAGGACCUGCGCCCCACGUCCGCUGCCGUUUGGACAUCAAGCCUGAUGACGCAGUGCUGCAGCACGCCACCCGGGGCUCCAGGCCCUGCGUGCCCGCCGAGGCCGCGCCCUGGGCUCGCGUCGCCCCACAGUUCCACGGCCUCACGGUUCCCGGACCCCGCCACGUGGCGCUGUCACGCACGCCCACGCCCAGUGACUUGUACUGUACAGACCCCCGGGCACUGUACUGUGAUGGGCCCCUUCCUGGGCCUCGGGACUACGCGGAGCAUCGCAGUCAGCCCUUCACAACACCCCCAGGUCCCACCCAAUUUUUCUACACCGAGGAGUCCGAAGGCUACACCGGCGGCUUUACUAUGAGCCCAGGCCCUCCCUUCGAUGGCUACUGCUCCUACUUGGAAGAACCCUCCCGACCCAGUCCAAGGCGCGGGGGAGGCUACUAUCCAGGGGAUGCGCGCACCUUCCCGAUCCAGGAGCCCCCUUCCCGCUCCUACUACGGGGAGACCCCUCGAGCCUACGGCCUGCCCUUUGGUUCCCGCUACAUUCCCGAGGAGCCCCGGGCACACUCCGGCGCCCGGACCUUCUACACAGAAGACUUUGGGCGGUACCGGGAACGCGAUGCGCUGGCUCGGACUUAUCCACACCCGCGAAACAGCCCAGCCUGGGCCGACUGGGGUCCGCGGCCUUAUCGCACCCUGCAGGUGGCGCCUCCUCCCGGGCCAGGACCACUGUUGGCCUCUUGGCACGGUGGCACCGGCACGAGCCCGCCCCGGCUGGUCACAGACAGCCGCCACUACUCUCGAUCCUGGGACAACAUCCUAGCGCCGGGUCCUCGCCGGGAAGACCCCCUGGGACGUGGCCGCAGCUAUGAGGACCUGCUGGGGCGCGAGGUGCGGGACACCCGGGGUUCAUCCCCCGAAGGCCGGCGCGCACCAGUUGUAGUCAACCUGUCCACCUCGCCCAGACGCUACGCAGCGCUGUCGCUGUCUGAGACCUCGCUGACCGAGAAGGGCCGCGCGGGGGAGGGCCUGGGCCGCAACUGGUACGUCACGCCAGAGAUCACCAUCACCGACAACGACCUGCGCGCCGCCGAGCGCCCGACUGCCAGGGCCUGGGAACCGCCUGGGGGCCGCCCGCGGCCGCCAGCACCCACCGCCCCCGAGGGCCCUGCGUCCAGCCGCCAGCGCAGCCUGGAGCAGCUGGACGAACUCAUCACUGACCUGGUCAUAGACUCUCGGCCACCGGCUGGCCCCGCCCCGGAGCCCGCAGCCGAAGGAUUAGGCCGCCAACUGCGCCGCCUGCUGGACUCGCGGCCUGCGGGCCCCGGAGCCCCAGCGCUGGCGCCGCCGCGCUCCCCACCUGCCUCCGCCGGCAGCACCGAAGAGCCUGCGGGCUCCGGGGAGGCGGCCGAUGCCUCUCCGGAGCCCAGCGCAGACGAGGACGACUUGAUGACCUGCUCCAACGCGCGCUGCCGGCGGACGGAGACCAUGUUCAACGCCUGCCUCUAUUUCAAGUCGUGCCACAGCUGCUACACCUACUACUGCUCGCGCCUGUGCCGCCGAGAGGACUGGGACGCACACAAGGCGCGCUGCGUGUACGGCCGCGUGGGCAGCGUGUGCCGCCAUGUGCUGCAGUUCUGCCGCGACAGCGGCCCGGUGCACCGCGCCUUCUCGCGCAUCGCGCGCGUCGGGUUCCUGUCGCGCGGCCGCGGCGUGCUGUUCCUGGGCUUCCCCAGCCCGGGUUCAGCCGACAACUUCCUCCGCUUCGGCCUCGAAGGGCUGCUACUGUCGCCCACCUACCUGUCCCUGCGCGAACUGGCUACACACGCGGCGCCUCUGGGCAGUUAUGCGCGAGAGCUGGCGGCCGCCGGGAGGCUCUACGAACCGGCCGAGUGCUUCCUCCUUAGCGUGUCGGUGGCCGUGGGCCCGGGCGCUGCACCUCCCGGAACCUCCGCCCGGCCCGCGCCCGCGCCGCGCAGCUCCGGGCCCACGGUGCGCAAGUUCGCCAAGGUGGCCUUGGCUGCCGGCAGCCCGGCGCGGCCUCCCCCUGCGCGUGGUCGAGAUCCGGACAUGGAGACACUGAUCCUGACGCCUCCGCCCGGCACAGCGGGCCUGGACCAGGAGGGUGAGGCGGGCCGGCGCGCCCGCGAAGUGGCCUUCAUCCACAUCCAGCGCGAGCUGCGCCUGCGCGGCGUCUUCCUCCGCCACGAGUUCCCACGCAUCUACGAGCAGCUCUGCGAAUUUGUCGAGACCAACCGGCGCUUCACGCCCACUACCAUCUAUCCCACCGACCGGCGCACCGGCCGUCCCUUCAUGUGCAUGAUCAUGGCUGCUUCCGAGCCGCGUGCGCUCGACUGGGUAGCCAGCGCCAACCUACUGGACGACAUCAUGUGAGCCACGGGGUCAUUGGGCCCAGGCCCUGACCGGAGCCCUGUCUACCCCAGUUAGGCCCAAACUGAUCCACCAGGACGGCCCCCGGAGUCUCGCCCUGCCCACUCAGGGCUCAGUCUGGUCUCCUGGGCCCUCUCAAAGUGGCCUACAAAUUCUCUGCCCAAGCCCCGCCCACCCCGCCACCUCCAGCUUUGCCUAAGACUCUGCCCCCAUCUCCUGCAUCCCACGCUUUUCCACCAGCUGCAUCUCUCCUUUUCUGUUCCCAGUCAGACUACCCUACCCGGCUACCAAACCCUGGGCCCUCCCUAAGACAGCCGUGGGGAGAGGGCCCCGCAAGAGUCGUGUCCUCGCCCUCGGUGCUCCCCGUUAGGAGGCGGGGUGGGCCUGAGGACCACUGGCUCUGCCUUCAAGUGGAAGGUCACCGGUACACACAUCCUACCCAGGGAAACUCUGCCCAUGUAUGUUGCAGGGUUCUUCCCUAGAGUCUCCUCAACCCUCGAUCCCCAUUCCCCCAAGUCCAGAAGUCCAUGUUGACCAAAGCCUAGUGUCCUCACUUAAGUAUGCCCUUAACCCACCUCCUGUGUCUGGAGUGUGUCAGGCUCUGAGGCCUACUUAGUGUCUGUGCACCCCUAUGCUGGAGAGGCUGUGGGUAGGGCUAGCCUGGCACACUAAAUGCUGCCUGUCCUGAGGCCCUCUGACCUCUGGCUGCCUUGGUCUCAGGCCCUUGUAGGACAUGUUGGGAUACUGGAGGUCUUCAGGCCAAAACCAAACUGCAAGCCACCCAGCCACCCAAAGGGGAACCUGAGCAGGAGAAGCAGAGUGGGUGGCAACGAGGCCGGAUUGAGAACUGGCUGGGUGAGGGUUGGAGCACCCACACACCCAACAAUAUCUAGGGCAACAAGAUGGCCAGGGCAGAUCCAAAGAAGGUGGACUACACAGGAAGGUGGGAAGUGUGUGCUUAGGAGGGACCAGCAGGGGGCCUCACAGGCUGACUUAGGAAGGAGGAGGGCACAGGAGGUGCUUCUAGUUGGAAGUGGGUUGAGUAAGGUGCACAGCAGAGGAGCAGCGGCUAGAUGGCCAGGGCUGAGGAUCUGCCUCGCGGUCAGAUCUUUUCCUCAAAAGUGCCGUGCGCUCGCCAAGCUGCAGGUAUUAGUGCCAGUCUAGGCCUAGGCGGCCCUCGCCCACUGCCACACCCCUAGCACCUAGUGCACCUGAGUCAGUUCCAGAGCUCCAAGGAGUGUGCGAGGGGGGCGAGGCCAGACGCUGCGUAAGCGUCAGCCCGUCCCAGAAGCCCCUACCCGCGAGGGGAGAGGGCAUCAAGUGCUAGAACCUGGGAACCCCGCCGCCGACCCCUGCUGCCGUCGGUGCACACCCACGCACCUCCGUUGGACUCCUCCCGGCACCCUAGUUGGCACCUGCCUCGACGCCGUCGUGCUUCGCCGCCGCACCCGCCUACCGCCCUCCCCAGGGCCUCCACUUUGGUUACAGGAGCAGGUGGCAGGAGCGCCCCUGGACCCAUCAUUUCCAGAAAGCGCGUGCUAUUGAGCCAAGUAAAACAGAAUUUGAAAGUAA